AUGUAUCAUUCAAUCGUUGCGAGUAAGGAUGAAAACACGGAGAACACCACCACCUCGGAAGAAGAGAAAGAGAAAGAGAAGGAAGAAAAAGAAGAAAAAAAUCUCCAACUCGUUUCUCUCUUGGAAGAAAAAAUGGCACGACGAGAACGAGAAAAUAUGGAAACGUCGAGCCAUCUUCGACGCGAACUGUUGGAGAAGGAACGCGAGGUGUUAAAAGCGAAACAACUUUUGAAUCAGGAGAGGAAGAAUUAUCGAGAGAGGGCGAUGAUUGCGAACCAUCAGAGAGUGACAGAGAUGGAUCGACUCAACGCCGAUAACGAGAAAGUCGUCGCGCAGUUACAACUGGAGAUUCAAGAGUUGAAGACUACGAUUGCAAACUCGCGAGAACACGUAGAGAACAGAGCAAAGUUCGACCGAGAGUACAUGAAAGUCUCUCAGGAGCUGGAAAACGCAAAGUUGAAGAUUGAAAACAUCGACGAGGAGAGAGAGGAAGCUAUAUCCGCGCUCACGGCGAAGAUGCAAAACGAACUCGAACAAAACGUUCAAAAAGCAACGCGGGAACACGAGUUGGCCAUGGAAGAGAAAUUGGAAGCGAACGUUCGAAAAAUAUUCGCGCAUAAUCGACGAAUGGCCGAGGCACUGAGGUUACACGUCGCGGAGACGGAUAAACUGCGCGAAGAUAUCGAAGCCGCAAACUCCGAGAAAGUUACGCUGAGCAGACUAUUGGACGAAGCGAAAGAAGAAACGAAACUAUCCGCGAAGAAGGCGCUAACGAUCGGUAAAGAUUUGAACACGGCCCGAGUAAGUUUGGGAGAACUGAACGAAGAGUGCGAAGAACUAAAAACCGCGUUCGAUGAGGAGCGAAACCGCUGGAUGGAUGAGAAAUCUCGCGCGACGGAAGAACUUCGCGAACGAGAGAAAUACUUCGCCGACGCUAUUUCUCUACGAAACAAGGAAUUGCUCGAAUUGCGGAAGUUAGCGCAAGCUUACGUAAACGAACGCAACGAUUGCGAGGCGUUUCUCAUCUCGUGUUUAGACGACGUGAGAGAAAGAAAAAUGAAAGAGCAAGAAACGAAGACGUCGGCGUCCUCCUCUUCUUUUUCUUCUUCCUCCUCCUCCUCGAUCGAUGAAGAAACACAACAAAAGAUUGAACAAAAACAAGAAAAACAAGAAAAAAACGCCUUGGUUGUUGUAGACGUCGACGACGGAGAAGGAGGACAAGAAAGCAGCGAAAACGACGAUUACGUGCACGUGAGUGCCCCGACAUCGUCUGCGGCGGCGGCCGCGAUUGAUUUUACAAAGCUUUCUUGGAAAGAGAAAGAAGCGGUUCUUUUUGAACUCUUUCGUAAAAUUGAAACGAGCGUAGUAUCGGAAUAA